AAGUCAUAUUGAUGUUGUAUGGCAUACAUUUGUUAGGGUAUGCUCAUCAGUACGGUUCUCACAACCGUAGUGCUUUGGAUAAAUAAGAUUCGGUUAUAAUACUCUGAUAUAUGGUUGCCUCAACCAAAAGAUUAUUGUUGUCUUUUUAAUAUGGUUUGCAAAACAAAUAGUAUAGUUGAGAGAUCUAUAGAAUACAGAUCUCUCAACCAUACUGUUAUAAGUGCACAGUACGGCGUACGGCAUUGAAAGUUCCAUCGCAGUCAUCGCAGAUCGCAGUGGUACUACGCAGCUAGUGAUUAUUUGUGAAGUGUGUAUUGCUAAAAAACAAAGUAUAUAUCGCCCGUGGAUACGUGGAUAUUGUGGAUACGUGGAUUAUUAUGGAUAUAGCUUGCGAGCUUUAUCUUCGAAGCAUUGGUUUUGAGGAUUUUAUUCCUGUUUUCAAAGAAAAUGGUAUUACAAAAAAUGAUAUUCCACAACUAUUGGAAAAUGACGGAAAGUAUUUAAAAGAAUUAAUACCCAAGGCAGUUGACCGAAUGAAUUUUGAGAAGAAAUUCUAUGCUUCUUACGAACAGAAUGAGAGUUUAACUUCAAGCAGUUUUGAAUUGGAUUUAAAAAAAAGAAGAUUGGAUUUUACUCCCUCUCAUUCCGGUGGUGAAUCAUCAGUUAUUCUGGACUGUAGUGAUAUUAGCACAGAACAAUCUUAUCAAAUUCUAAAUGAGGAUAUUGAUGUAGGAACUGUAAUAUCUUUAGAUGAAGAACUUGCUUGUGUAAUUGAAAAAGAAGAUACCACUUCUCCAGCUGUACCAGAUUCAUUAUCAGAAAAAUCAGAUAUAAAAGAUAAUGUAAGAUUAAAGUUACAUAAUUUUCAACUUGCUUACAAGGACUUUCUAAGUUUAGAAAUGAGGACAUGUUAA